CUUCCUCUCUUUCUUCGCGUCCGCAGAUCGGCAUGCAAUCCAGUCCCGAAAGAUGAACAUCAAUCAGCGAGGUCCGCAUUGACUUGGAUCUCUGCCAUGAUCAAGCAAGUACACGACUGAUCUCAUUUUCAUGAUCAAUAUUUAUGUGGCAUCAUUGAGUCAUCCCAUCAUUCCUGCUUUACAAUGCGGAGCAUUCGCCAUUACCUUUGCCUGGCUACCCUCGUAGCAAAAGUAACUUGUGAUGCCGUCGUGGACGGGAAGCUAUCAUUUUACACCUCGUCUUGGGAGAGUUGGGACGAGAAUGUAGCGCGAUGGUCAGCGUACGAAGCCCCAACGUUCUCCGCCAUAUUCAAACCAGAGACGGAAGGCGAAUUAUCUCAGGGUAUCGAAUAUCUGGCAAGACAUAAGAUUCCGUACCUGGCCACCAAACCAGGCGGUCACGGCAAUGUACCGACGCUGGGUACGUAUCAAAAUGUUGUCCAAAUCAAUCUGGACAAUUUUCGACACGCCGUUGUCAAUCCGGACCAUAGCAUUACAAUCGGUGGUGGCGCAAAAAUGGUGGACCUCAUUCCCACGUUGCAUGCCGCAGGCAGAGAGAUGACGGUUGGAUCCUUUCCUUGCGUCGGCGUCCAUGGUGUGAUGCUUGGCGGCGGCAUGGGCCGACUGAUGGGCAGGUACGGAUUGAUAAGCGAUGCAUUGCUACGAGCGAAAGUGGCGCUCUGGAACGGCACGAUCAUCGAAGCUUCAGAGAAGGUCAAUUCUGACAUGUUCUGGGGCCUGCGGGGUGCUGGACACAAUCUGGGAGUUGUUGUCGAGUCGACCUACAAGACCUGGCCGGACGAGGGCGGCCUGCACUACAAUGCGGACAUGGUCUUCACAGAUGACUCCGUUCAUGGGGUGGUAGAGACUGCUAGAAAUAUUAUUGAGGCUGGUUUAGACCCAUCAUUAUUCUUGAUCUUGGGUUAUGUGUAUGGUGCCGAGGCAAAGAAACCUCUGCUGAUUGUGAAUAUCGUCUAUGCGCAUGAUGAAGAGGAAGGCCGCAAGAUGGCCCAGAGGUUUGCUUCGAGCCCGAAGGAUGCUACAAAUCCUAUUACGAGGCUUUCUUUUCGAGAGACCAACAUGGACUUCUCUGAGCUCGGGUCAGGGAAAGCCAUCCCUGGCGUGUGCGACGUAAACCUCAAAAACACCUUGUAUACGGCCAGUACACCGACCUUGUUUGAUGCAGACGCCAUGAAAGCUGUCUAUGAGUCAUUCGGCUCCUUCGUGCGAGAGCAUCCAGGUGCCAACCGCUCGAUACUGCUCUUCGAGGCGGCGAGCGGCCAAGCCAUGGAAUCACUCCCACAGGACUAUUCGGCAUAUGCACAUCGAGGAAAGAUGACUACCAACGCCAUCAUCCAGGCUACUUGGGACGAGGACCUUGAUGGUAGUGUGGCGAAUGCCGCUAAUGCUUGGGGAAAGGGGGCUCGUGACUUGCUGGCAAAACCAGAGGUAUCCGGCUAUGACAAGCUUUACGCAUAUGUGAACUAUGCGAACAAGGAUGAGCCGCUUGCUGCUCUGUACGGAUAUGAUAAGGAACACCAGCAGAGGUUGACAUCAUUGAAGCAAAAGUACGACCCACAUGCCUUUUUCAAUGCAUAUCGCCCUUUGCCGCUCGAAAUAAGCGGGUGGGAUCUACCUGCAAGCUCGAAAGCUUCUCAGAGCGACAGAGAUGAGCUAUGAAACCUUGAGGGAUGGCGUUACGAGAAGCGACAGUAGACUAUAUAGCUUGGGUAGACGGUAUUCAUAGAUCUUCCUAAACAUUGAUCAUGCCGAUGCACUAUGAACGCC